AGCCCCGGGGCAGCCUCCUCCAGGAAGCUAGGCACUAGCCCCACUUUCCCAAGCCACUAUAGUCAGAGAAGCACUGGAUAUUCUACAGGCUUAGGACUAAGCCACAGAGUCAUGAGCCAGGACAGCAAAGUGAAGACAACAGAGUCCAGCCCCCCAGCCCCAUCCAAAGCCAGGAAGAGGCUGCCUGUCCUAGACCCAUCUGGGGAUUAUUACUACUGGUGGCUAAACACGAUGGUCUUCCCAGUCAUGUAUAACCUCAUCAUCAUUGUAUGCAGAGCCUGCUUUCCUGACUUGCAGCAUAGUUACCUGGUGGCCUGGUUUGUGCUGGACUACACAAGUGACCUGCUGUACCUACUAGACAUCGGGGUGCGCUUCCACACAGGAUUCCUAGAGCAGGGCAUCCUGGUGGUGGACAAAGGCAUGAUCGCCAGUCGCUAUGUCCGCACCUGGAGCUUCCUGUUGGACCUGGCUUCCCUGGUCCCCACAGAUGCAGCCUAUGUGCGCCUGGGCCCCCACAUUCCCACACUCAGGCUAAAUCGCUUUCUCCGGGUGCCCCGCCUCUUUGAGGCCUUUGACCGCACAGAGACCCGCACAGCUUACCCAAAUGCCUUCCGCAUCGCCAAGCUGAUGCUCUACAUCUUCGUUGUCAUCCAUUGGAACAGCUGCUUAUACUUUGCCCUGUCCAGGUACCUGGGCUUCGGACGGGAUGCAUGGGUAUACCCGGAUCCCGCGCAGCCUGGCUUUGAGCGCUUGCGGCGCCAGUAUCUCUACAGCUUCUAUUUCUCCACUCUGAUUCUGACCACUGUGGGCGACACGCCACUCCCAGCCCGGGAGGAAGAGUACCUCUUCAUGGUGGGUGACUUCCUGCUGGCCGUCAUGGGUUUCGCCACCAUCAUGGGUAGCAUGAGCUCUGUCAUUUACAACAUGAACACUGCAGAUGCAGCGUUCUACCCAGACCACGCUCUGGUAAAGAAGUACAUGAAGCUGCAGCGUGUCAACCGGAGGUUGGAGCGGCGAGUUAUUGACUGGUACCAGCACCUGCAGAUCAACAAGAAGAUGACCAACGAGGUAGCCAUCUUGCAGCACUUGCCUGAGCGGCUGCGGGCAGAGGUGGCUGUGUCCGUCCACCUGUCUACCCUGAGCCGAGUCCAGAUCUUCCAGAACUGUGAAGCCAGCCUGCUGGAAGAGCUGGUGCUGAAGCUGCAGCCCCAGACCUACUCACCAGGAGAGUAUGUCUGCCGCAAAGGGGACAUUGGCCGAGAGAUGUACAUCAUCCGGGAGGGCCAGCUGGCUGUGGUGGCGGACGAUGGUGUCACACAGUAUGCUGUGCUUGGUGCGGGACUCUACUUUGGGGAGAUCAGUAUCAUCAACAUCAAAGGGAACAUGUCUGGAAACCGACGAACAGCCAACAUCAAGAGCCUAGGUUAUUCGGACCUAUUCUGCCUCAGCAAGGAGGAUCUGCGGGAGGUAUUGAGUGAGUAUCCACAGGCGCAGGCCGUCAUGGAGGAGAAGGGCCGUGAGAUCCUGCUCAAAAUGAAUAAGUUGGACGUGAAUGCUGAGGCAGCUGAGAUCGCCCUCCAGGAGGCCACAGAGUCUCGGCUCAAAGGCCUCGACCAGCAGCUGGAUGAUCUACAGACCAAGUUUGCUCGCCUACUAGCUGAGCUGGAGUCCAGCGCACUGAAGAUCGCUUACCGAAUCGAAAGGCUGGAGUGGCAGACCAGAGAGUGGCCAAUGCCAGAGGACCUGGCUGAGGCUGAUGAUGAGGCUGAGCCUGGGGAAGGAACUUCCAAGGAUGGAGAGGGAAAGCCUGACCAGGAGGGACCCUCAGGCAUAUAGAAUGACCCCAUCCUGACCCCAGGACUCCCAGCUCUAAGUGAAUCCAGAAUGGUAGGAAAGCUUGCCUACAGAAACUGUCAACCUAUUUGUUAGGUCACAGAGACUUAGGUAAAUUGGCCUAUAGAUGCCUAGCUAGAGAUGUGAGUUAUAGCAUACAUUUGGCCCACACUUACCAGAACACACACACACACACACACACACACACACACACACACACACACCACACCACACCACACAACGCACUGGCUCAAGACUGUGAGUUCCACAUAAAAUGUUCCUGUCUUCUGCGCACAUGCACAUUCUCACAAGCAAAGCUAUGACUUGUACCCACUUA